CCCGGACUCUCCACAGCUGCCUGCCCGCCGCGCAGUUGCAGCGCCCCGCCAAGACUUUCUCCAACCGGGUCCGGGGUGGUCAUUAAGCCGCUGGGAAGACGACACAAACAGGCCGGUUGCCUGGUCCAAUACACCUGACAGGGAAAUCUUUUCGUUUCAAUGGAAGCGGACGGUUUCGUGUCCCGGCGAACGUCCGUGGAUACGACAGGCGUCGACAGCCGGGUCACGGGCGCUGCAGCCGGGGCAGAGCUGCGAAUGCUGGGCGGAAGGCUUCUGGACGCCACGGGGGGAUUCGUUGGGUCUUUUUCACCACGAAUGGCGGGGGAGCACGACUUUGUCCCGAUGCUGCAUCGGGCAACGCCGGAGACCUCGACCUCUGUGGAGCCAGAAAUAGACUAUGAAGGACUGCCUCAAGGAGCAGCCACCAGCACACACAUGCUGGCAGGAGCCGUGGCUGGAAUCAUGGAGCACUGCCUUAUGUACCCCAUCGACUGUGUCAAGACUCGCAUGCAGAGCCUACAGCCCGAACCAGGAGCGCGCUACAGGAACGUGAUGGAUGCCUUGCGGCAGAUCGUACGAACCGAGGGUGUGUGGCGACCAAUCAGAGGCGUGAACGUGUUGGCGGUGGGGGCGGGACCUGCACAUGCUCUCUACUUCGCUUGCUACGAGAAGAUCAAGUUCUCGCUCAGUGACGCUAUUCAUCCUGGCACCAACAGCCACUUUGCGAAUGGAGUGGCAGGCUGCAUGGCCACAGUGCUGCACGACGCCAUCAUGAACCCAGCUGAAGUUGUGAAACAGCGUAUGCAGAUGUUUAACUCACCCUACCGCGGCGUGGUGGACUGUGUGGGUUCUUUGCUGAGACGCGAGGGCCCUGCCGCCUUCUACCGCAGCUAUACCACCCAGCUGACCAUGAACGUGCCCUUCCAAGCGCUCCACUUCAUGACCUACGAGUACCUCCAGGAGCUCCUCAACCCUCACAGACAGUACAACCCUUCCUCUCACGUUGUGUCCGGUGCUCUUGCUGGAGCUCUGGCUGCCGCUGCCACGACUCCGCUCGACGUCUGCAAGACCCUCCUCAACACGCAGGAGGCUCAGGCUAUCCACGUGAUCCAAGCAGAGGCGGCGACGGCAGGCGGAGCGGUCGGAGCUGCCACCGCCUCGGCCUCGGGCGGCCGACACAUUUCUGGCCUGGGCGAGGCUUUUCGGACGGUGUACAGGAUGGGAGGCAUGCCGGCCUUUUUUAAGGGCGUCCAAGCCCGGGUCAUCUACCAGAUGCCCUCCACUGCCAUCAGCUGGUCCGUCUACGAGUUCUUCAAAUACAUCAUCACCAAGCGGCAGCAUGAGAGACGGCUGCGUGGAGAUCGGGAAGGAGACAAAUAAACACCUGGCAAAACAAAGGUUUAUCUCUCCAUGCUGAUCAGUGGUGUCAGUAUUGAUUUCUAAACAUCUGAAGGAAUAAAAAGCUCUUAGAUUAUCUGAGUGAAAAGUAAGCUUAUAUCUUGUUUACUAAAUUAUAAUGGUAUCUGCUCUAGUUCAGUGCAGGUGAGGACAGGUAGAAGUGAGGCAGGGCUUUCAUUAGUGCAUCAGUACACAUGCAUAAGAGGAAGGCCUCGAAGUGGCAGGAAGUUCUGGUUCCAACUGUUCAUUAUCAUAUUCAACUUGACAAACUCCCUUAUUGGUUUUCUAGGAGGAAGAAACAUUGUGGAGGCAUAGCGAAGGUUGAAUUUGUCCCUAUGAAUUAGAGACGCUCACUUCCUCUCUACCACAGUGCAGUUGGUAAGAAUUAAUAAAUGUCUGAUUUAAGCCCUCACAUUGGAAUUAAAAAUCAAAGAUAAAACUGUCUCAGAGCUUUAGUUUUAGGAUCUUUACAUUCACUUCGAAUUCAUUUAUUGUAGUGACUGGAACAGUUUGAUGCAUAUUCCCUAAAUUGAUUUAAAAAGAAAAAGUCCUGCAGUGAAAAGACUCAGACACUUAAACCUUGUAGUUACAAUUUAGUGUAUUCAAACCAAAACAAAACUGCACGUUAAUGUCCCCUUUCUGACCACGAAGGGGUGCACGGUACAACUAUACUAAUUUUCUUGUACUAUUUCCAGAUGCUUAAAUAGUACAGAACAACACAUUUUAAUUGAAUUUUUUUCACAUUGUCAACUUGCAGAAUCUGUAAUGUCAGAUCAGUUAUUGUGCUACUCUGCAGUAAUACUCCACUCAGCAAGGAGCAGAAAGAGUAAAGGAACGUUUAUUUUAAUGGAAUAAGGAACUCAGUGACGUUAGAUCCCAGCCUGUCAGGUAUUUUCUCAAUUUCAAGAGUCAGAUUUAGUUUGGUGCUAGAAAAUGCUCAAGUAUUCAGCACUUGAGUUGAGCAGGUCUGAGUGUGUGAGAGAGUGACUCUGACUGGACUUGAUCUCAGUCCAGCUUCACUGUGCUUUUCACUGCUUAACAUAAAUUACUGAAGAUUAGGGUCAAAUAAAGGUUAGUGAGUGAGAGUUCUUGAGAUGACUGUAGGAAAAGAGGUUUUAUGUUGCACGAGCAUCUUCCACAGGUGCUAGCGUUCAAAAAUUUGGGGUCACUUAGAAAUGUCCUUAUUUUUGAAAGAAGAAUGUUAACAUUAAAUGAAUGAUAAAUCCAGUCUAGACAUUGUUAAUGUGGUAAAUGACUAUUUUAGCUGGAAAAGGCUGAUUUUUAAUGGAAUAUCUACAUAGAGGUGCAGAGGAACAUUUCCAGCAACCAUCACUCCUGUGUUCUAAUGCUACAUUGUGUUAGCUAAUGCUGUUGAAAGGCUAAUUGAUGAUUAGAAAACCCUUGUGCAAUUAUGUUAGCACAUAAAAAGAAGUGUGAAAUUGCCUGGAUGACCCCAAACUUCUGAAUGGUCAUGUACAUUUUAUUGGCUUUUCGAUUAGAGGAUUCGUUACCGAUGAGCUCAUAGAUGGUUCUGCCAGACUUUAUUUUCAGAAACUUAUCCAUCAAAUGGAAAUUGAUAGACUCUGAAACUCAGUGCAACAGAAUAUUGAACAGAUUAAUAAAAUCCAAUGAAGCGGAAAUGGUUCUACUUCAGACUAAAGCUGCUCAUAAACUGAGGAGUGCAGUCCGUGCAUAUUGAAAGUUUUGAAUGAAAAUUAUUUAUUUUUCUGGUUUUCAUUUUUUUUAAAAAUCGCACAGCAUUCUCGCACUUAAAAGCUACUUUAUUAUAUUUAGGAGAGAAUUAAGUUUGAAGAGAGAAUGCUUCUAAACAUGCCUUCAGUUAGCAGCACAGUUAGAUCCUCAGUGAGACUUAACAUUGUGUUUUGAAGCCAUAAAACAUAAAGGAAUUGUACAUAUAUAUAAAUCUGGGCAAAUAUAAUCUCUAACCAGCUGAGCUCUGAGACUUGUAUGUUCAGUGACAUAAAUAUGAAAUUGUACAAGUUUUAUUAAGACUAUGCUGUAAAAAUGCAAGUUGUUUCAACGCACAAAUUCCUCAUCUGGAAAGUAGCAAAAAGGAAAGCCUGGAUUAUUUUCAAAUCAAACAGACCAUACGUGUGUGUGUGUGUGUGCGUGUGUAGGGGGAAUAAAUGGACAAAGUAUUAAAAAAUGAUUGUAGGAGUGUUCCUCAUGUGAAGCCAAGUUUCAAAAUUGGGAAACCAAAGAUGGAGAGCAAUAGAGAGUGAGAACAGGAGAGGAACCAGUGGUUUGUCAGACGACGACACUAAUGUGAAAUGCUUGAACACUGUUUGAAAGCGACACCUGUAUUUUGUGAAUUGUAAAUAAACUUGCUAAGGCAGCUCCUCGCAGAAGCAGGGUCUUCUCUUGGUGCUGGCUCUCCAAGCGCUGAGAGACUAUGAA